AUGGAACUGGUGGCGUUUCCGUACCACCACCGUACGGCUCCGCCGGAUUUUCCCCCACUGAAAACCGGAAAGUUAGUCGGACUUUCUCUACGAUUCAGAAAUGUUAGAAUUAGAAAGACGGAGUAUUCAGGAACGAUCUUUACGGAGAAAUCAAAAGCAAGAACAGUAACGACGGUGGAAGCAGUUACCGGCGCCGGAACUCCGCUUCCACCGUUGGAUUUGACGGAGGAUAAUAUUCAUCUUGUCUUAUCCGAAGCUCGCGUCGAGCUUGCACAACUGUUCGAUUCAUCGGUUGGGAUAACAGGACAAGUAGAGUUAGUGGAACUAGACGGACCUUUCGUUAAGAUAAGUCUUAGAGGCAAGUUUUGGCACACACGUUCAAUGGUUUUAGCUCGAAUUGGAAACUACUUGAAACAGAGGAUCCCUGAGAUUUUGGAAGUUGAGAUUGAAGAUGAGAAGCAACUUGAUGAUAGUCCUGCAAAUUUCUAA